GAUUGGUGUAGCUCUGUACAACUUAUCCAAAACACAUGUCCUCUUUUACCAGCAGAGGUCCUAGUAACGGAUGCAGUCUUUAUGAAAAAGAAUUCACAUGGAUAUCCAUAUAAUACUAAAGACUGUUACAAAUCCAUAGGUUUUCUGAACACGCACCCUAAUCGCUUUCACCCUGUGUGGCUAAGUAUUUGAUGAAAUUUCGGCGCAUAAAGUGCCUAGAAUUCGACGUUGUGGAUUGCUAUCGAUAAGCAUCGUGAUUAAUGUCAGGCAUUGCGAUUGCUAGGCUCGCCGAAGAGCGAAAAGCAUGGAGGAAAGAUCAUCCUUUCGUAAGAUAUCUUUUUCAUAUAUUCUUCUUUUUAAUUACAGUUAGUACGUCUGUAUCCGUUUAAUGGUCAUGUGCUCGAGUUUAGAUUAUUUCAACAUUAAAAAUUGCAUUAAUAAAUAAAUACAUUUGUUUAUGAUAUAAUUUCAAUAUAAUAAUACUAUUAUUAAGUAUAAAAAUUGUUUUCACUAAAAUAAUUGAAUGGUUAGGAAUCCUAACCUUUCACAUCAAAAUGUGUAUUGUUUGGAUUGUUUCAUGUAUAAUGCAUAUGUGAAAUAAACGUCAAUGUUUAUGUAUGAUAUGCAUUGAAUCAAAACAUUUUUUUAUAGGGAUUUGUAGCACGACCUGUUAAAAAUCAAGAUGGAUCUCUUAACUUGAUGAAUUGGGAAUGUGCCAUACCAGGAAAAAAAUCUGUGAGUUUUAUAUAACAUAAAUAUUAUUCCGUCAAUCUAACAUCUAAUUCAAUUUUGUAGACACCAUGGGAAGGUGGAUUGUAUAAACUACGUAUGAUUUUUAAAGAUGAUUAUCCCUCCAGUCCACCAAAAUGUAAAUUUGAACCUCCUUUAUUUCACCCAAAUGUCUAUCCUUCAGGAACAGUAUGUUUAUCACUCUUAGAUGAAGAGAAAGAUUGGAGACCUGCCAUUACAAUUAAACAAAUUCUACUUGGUAUACAAGAUUUAUUAAAUGAACCUAAUGUCAAAGAUCCAGCUCAAGCAGAAGCAUAUACAAUAUAUUGGUAUUGUAUUUAUUUUAAAUAAUUGAAUAUUACCAUUGUUUAUGUGUGUUUGAUAAUGCAACUAAUAUUCUUCUUUUUAUCGUAGUCAAAAUCGCUUGGAAUAUGAAAAGCGUGUGAGAGCUCAAGCCAGAGCAAUGGCUCCGCAGGAGUAAAAUUAUAUUGAGUCUCAUUAAAUUCAAAUAUUCCAAUUACAUGAAGAGGUUAUCAUAUAUCUAAUAGUAUAUUCUAAUAAUGAUCUACAUUUCUUAUCUUUUUUAUAAGUAACAUUAGCAUAUGGUGUAGCUAAUUUACUAUUAUUUGCAUUUUUGUUUUUGUUGACAAAAUUCUUAUACAUAUUCUGUAUACAUAUUCUCUAGAAACAACACUAAUUUCAUUAAGAUAUAAAAAGAUAUCCUAUGAUUCUGAUGAAAAAUAUUACUGAAAAAUUUUACGUAAUAUCACAAUAAAUUAUAUAUUAUCACUUAUUUGUAAAAUGUGGAAAGCAUUUCUUUUUUAAGUUAAAAAAUUUAAUUCUUAAGGCUUAGUGACAAUUAUUGAUAAGUCGUGAAAAUAAGAUAUGUAAGAAAAUGAAAAAACGUGAUACAGUUUCAAAACAUCUAUUCAUUCUGCAGGUUUUAAACUGUCAAUAUCUUAAAAAAAAAAAAGAAAAAAAAAUGUAUUUAAAAAUCUCAUAAGCAUUGUACAAAUCGUAAAAUAAAGUAUUCCAAUUACAAUCACAAUUUUAUUCAAUUUUAAUAAUCAAUUUUAAAAAUUAAAUUAAAAUUGCUUGAUAAAAAUAACUAUUGAUACAUCUGUAUAAAAUAUCUAAUACAUUUAGAUGAUUUGCAAUAUUAUCUUUAUCUCAUUAACAUAAUCUUGUAAUCGAAUAGAAGAAUUUUUAAUCAGUGUCCGGAAUUCUGCUAAAGUAAAUUAAUCAACGUUCUAUGUUAUAUAUUUUGUUUCACAUUCGCUUGAUUAUCGAUCGUGGCAUUUGUAUAAAUUACUCGUACGAAGAACAUUAAUUUCGACUCGAAGUAUCGGAAAAUUUUCAAGUGUGAAUUGAAUCAAUCAUUCUUCCCUAUAAAAGUAUAUAUUUAAACAAAGUAUAAAUUUAAUCAAUAUUUAUAUAAUUUAAUCAUGUCUGUAAAAAAUUAUAACAGAAACCUUGCAAAAACUAUGCGGAAAUUAAACGUCGGAAUUAUCACAACAUGUAUCGUAGGUUUUGCUGUUUCUUAUUACGCAUACUCUAUAGAAGUUGCAAAGGAAAAUGAUAAUUUAUACGAAGCAAUGUGCGAUAUUAGCGAGCACGUUAGUUGCACGAAAGCAUUUUUCUCUGAAUAUGGAAAAGGUUUUGGAAUAAUUCCAAAAACAUCUCUUUUAUAUAUACCAAAUCCUAUAUACGGAUUAAUAUUUUAUACUUUAGUCGCAAUACUGAGUGUAUCAAAUCGAUAUGUUACAUCAAUUUUGGUUGUAACAUUAGGAAUUUUUGCAAAUAUCGGUACAAUUUUUCUAGCUUUGAUUUUAUACAAAUUAAAUAAUAUUUGUGUGGUCUGUGUUACUAUUUAUAUCUUAAAUGCCAUUCUCUUAAUAUUUGCGAUUAAGAAACAUCGAAGAUUAUUUCGAAAUGGUAUAAAUCAACAGAUAAAAUCGAAUUAAAUAUUGAUUUUUUAAAAUCUACAUUUUCAGAAUAUCAUUUUUUUUUAAAAAUUCCUAUGAAUAGACUAUAUAAUUAUGAUAUUAAUAUUAUUCGUUAAAUAUCGAAAUAUAGUCUGACUUAUUAAAAUUUUAUACAUCAUUUUAGUAAAGCAAUUUGUAUAUAUCUUUGUAUAUAUCAAAAUAAACGUUAUAAAAGGCAA